UCACAGUUCACUCCACUACUCCAGUCUUCGGCUCCUCGCCGUCUUCAGUCUUCCUGCUUGGCUGCUGCCGCUGCUUUUGCAGACUGCUCGGCUUCCUGCUUUUGCCGACUGCUUGGCUUCUCAGUCAACUACUCCAGUCUUUGGCGUCUUCGGUCUUCCUGCUUGGCUGCUCUUGCGGACUUGCCGAUUUGCCGUCGGUGCUCAGCACGAAGUUCUAUCUUAACAAUUUCUUUGUUCUAUGGAGCCUGGAGUACAAAGGUUAUGUCAUUGGAUCAUUGGAUGAUUGCACGCAUGAUUACUUAUUUGUUGACCAUGAUCAGGGUUUAUCUUGCUUGAUCAUGAGGAUGUGACAACUUUAUUCAAAUAAGAAGUCGAUCUUGAUGGGGCCUAGUAAGGUUGCUGAUUUAGUGAUCUUGUUGAGCUAAGUUAAUCAUCUAAAGCAAAUGAUUAGAAAAAAGGUAAAAAUUCAAAAGUACGGCGCCGAUCAAUAAUUCCAAACAGGGCCUUUGUUCCCAGUUGCCGCAUCUUCCACUUCACAACCCAGAACGCAGACCCGAAACCCAAAAGCUCUUCAACCUGCUUGAGCUAAAACAUCCCUCAAGAUCCACCGUAGCUCGCGUCCUCCUGUUAUUGCCACUGAAAAGUUGGUCUGCUUUGUGGAAGAGAUGCCUUCAAUGGCUGCAAAUAAUCUCCCACGCAAGAAUGAUACUUGUAAUAAUAACCAUACUCAGAGCAUUGAAGCUGCAAAAGGGGACUUCGUUACCAGGAGGCAGAGGAUUCAGCAGCAGAGAAAAUCUCUCCCAAUAGCUUCAGUUGAAAAGCUACUUGUGGAGGAGGUCCGGAAUAAUAACACACUCAUUGUUGUUGGUGAAACGGGGAGUGGCAAGACUACACAGUUGCCUCAGUAUCUUUUCUAUGGGGGAUUUUGCCGUGAUGGGGGUGUCAUUGGCAUAACUCAACCUAGACGAGUUGCGGCUGUAUCAGUCGCAAAACGGGUUGCUGAGGAAUGUGGUGUGGCUCUGGGCCAAAAGGUUGGAUAUGCUAUUAGAUUUGAUGAUAUGACCUCAGCCUCAACAAGAAUGAAGUACAUGACUGAUGGAUUGCUAUUGAGGGAAGCAUUAUUGGACCCGUGUCUCUCGAAGUAUUCAGUUAUUAUUGUAGAUGAGGCUCAUGAGAGAACAGUUCACACUGAUGUGUUGCUUGGUCUGCUGAAGAGUGUGCAGAAAACAAGGUCCAGUGUCAGUAAAGUAAUGAAUGGUCAUGCCCAGAAUGGGUUGCUAAUGGGAGCAGAAAAGGAUAAGAGUUUCUUGAUGCCAUGCCAUGGCAAGAAAUUAUCUCCACUAAAGUUAAUUAUCAUGUCUGCUAGUUUGGAUGCACGGGUUUUUUCUGAGUACUUUGGUAGUGCAAGAGCUGUUCAUGUCCAGGGCCGACAGUAUCCAGUUGAUAUACUAUAUACGCAUCAGCCUGAGUCAGAUUAUCUAGAUGCAGCAUUGAUAACCAUAUUUCAGAUACAUUUGGAGGAGAGUCACGGUGAUAUACUUGUCUUCCUGACUGGGCAAGAAGAGAUUGAAUCUGUUGAGAGGCUUGUCCAUGAGCGCCUGCGACAACUACCUGAAGGCAACCAGAAGCUUUUAACUUUUCCAAUAUUUUCAUCUCUUCCCUCAGAGAAACAGAUGAAAGUUUUUAUGCCUGCACCUCCUGGAUUUCGGAAGGUAAUAUUGGCCACUAAUAUUGCUGAGACAUCGGUGACAAUACCUGGGAUCAGAUAUGUUAUUGAUUCUGGUGUGGUCAAGGCCCGAAUCUAUGACGCUGAUGCAGGAAUAGAAUCUUUGGAUAUUGUGAAAACCUCAAAAGCACAGGCUCUUCAAAGGAGUGGACGUGCAGGCCGUGAAGGACCUGGGAAAUGCUACCGUCUCUAUCCAGAGUCUGAAUUUGAUAAAUUUGAAGAUUCUACGACACCAGAAAUCAAAAGAUGUGACCUCUCAAAUGUUAUUUUGCAGCUCAAGGCUUUGGGAAUUGAUGAUAUUGCAGGGUUUGACUUCAUUGACAAACCAAACAGGACUGCAAUAAUUAGAUCCCUGGAGUCAUUAUUCUUAUUAGGUGCUUUAACGGAAGAAAGUAAACUCACUGAUAUAGUUGGACACCAAAUGGCGAGGCUGCCGCUAGAACCUGUGUAUUCUAAGGCUCUCAUUCUUUCAAGUCAGUUCAAUUGCUUGGAAGAAAUGUUGAUUGUUGUUGCAAUGCUUUCUGUGGAAUCUAUAUUUUAUGCUCCUCGUGAAAAGUUGGAAGAGUCACGAGCUGCAUUGAGGUGCUUCUCAAGUCCAGAGGGGGAUCAUUUAACUUUGUUAAAUGUCUUUCGUGCUUCUAAUGAAUUCGUGGUAAAGAACAAGUUGACCCACAGUAAAGAAAAAGCUGAGAAGAACCUGAGGAAAUGGUGCAAGGAUAAUUUCAUUAACAGCCGGUCCUUGAGGCAUGCUCGGGAUGUUCACAGUCAAAUACAGAGGAAUGUUGAACAAAUGGGGCUUCGCAUCACUUCUUGUGGAGAUGACAUGCUUGUAUUCCGCAGAUGUCUAGCUGCUUCCUUUUUUCUUAAUGCAGCUUUAAAGCAGCCAGAUGGUAUGUACAGGAUUUUGUCAAGCGGUCUGAUGGUCCAAAUUCACCCUUCUUCUGUCUUAUUCCGGAGUAAACCAGAGUGUAUCAUUUUCGAUAAAUUAGUGCGAACCAAUAAUAAUUACAUUCGCAACAUCUGUAGGAUAGAUUACUUGUGGUUACCUGAGUUGGCUCCACAAUGCUAUGGCUUGCAGUAAUAGAGCUUUUGAUACCCUAAGGAUGUUGCAUGGGUCUCAACUUUGAAUGUAGCCAAACUACCAUUUCGUGACCUAAGGGUUCUCUGUCUCUAAAGCAAACUAUACGCUCUAGUAUAGUCCUCAAGUACAACAAGAACGUAAAAGUGUUUCUCUGCAAAUCGUGCUGCCAGUCUUUGGCAGAUCGAGGCCUCCUAGCAUGAAUCGUCUAGUGUGAAGGUUUGAGAUAUUUACAAGUUUCUGAUGGCCUGGAGCCCUAGACUAGAAUUUUGUGGACACAAUAUUCUCCCAUGGUAAGUUCCUACUUACUUGGAAGCUCGAGUUAAAAUGAUUGAAAAUGCCCUAAGCUGUGUAGAAAUUCUCUUUUGGGCUUUCAUGCUUCCUGCCAUCUUCAAAUUACUUUGAUGUAUGCAAAUUUCAACUCAGAUGAUCUACUCUUUUUGUAGAAUUUUAUGGGCAAGGAAAUAUAUUGGUUAUAGACAUUAUCUAGUUUCUCUUUCCUGCAUUGUCUGCAGUUCUGCAUACUGGAGUCUCGCGCUAAUUUCUUAUCAGCUAUCUGCCUGUUUUAUCAUUCACAUUUCAUUUUGUAGGUUCUGGAUGGAAGGAGUACAAAAAACUCGAGGCCUCUCCUACCUGCAAGAUCUCAAGUGCAGUAACCUUACCAAGACCUGAAUGUGGUUUUUUAAAUGGACUUGCAUACUGCCCCCCUUGGCUUCAGCAAGACCUGUCACAGUGGCAUCAUAUUUGUUCACAAUUUGUGGAGACAAUAAUGCUACUAAUGUAUCAUACUCUGAGGAGCUACAUGAAACCACGAGGUUCUUGAACUUGGCAAUUCAGAACUCGUUUGCACCAUCUUAACAUUUUCCAUGUAUACUACUCUCUUCUAAGCAAUUCAAGCUCAUCACAUGUAGCAAGUGUGGUUUCCAAACAAUUUCAUCAUCAAACUCUGGAGCCGAGAAGUUAAUUAUGGAAAAAUGAUCAGACCCCCUUGCACA